AACCCUAAUAAAAUUAAUUGAAGAUGCUAAUUUCUGCUCGUGGAAUCUUGUUCAGCCCAAAGACUACAUUCAAUAGCUGCAACAAGAUUCCUCAUAUUUACAUUGGGGUCAAACCCUUUACCUCAAAACCCCCAUUUUCGAUGUCAGCGGACACCCUCACAGCAGCAGACAAUGAUGGUGCAACCAUUAGCCUCGAAGAAUGGCAGGGGUGGGGCACCGUGUCGCCGCUGCCGGCGAUGGUGGAUCAAGUUAUUCAUGAUAUGAAGCUUCUGGAGAAGGACAUUGACAAGCCCAUGACCUUUGGCGGAAACCGCGGCGCCCUCACGGGAGGCUUCAAGGUAGCGGAGGACAAGAAGCAUCGGGCAAAAUAUGCAUCUCUAUACACUACUGAAGAAAAACUCCAAUUCUUUUCAGCUCGACAGAUAGCUUGCCGGCUACUUGGGAGUAGGGGCUAUCUGUGUCAGAAGUGCUGGCUUCCCCAAGAAGACUGUGUAUGUUCGAAAAUGAAAACAUGUUCCUUGUGGAAUAAAUUGCAUAUUUGGUUGUACAUGCACCCGAAGGAUUUCCUAAGACAGAAUAAUACCGGGAAGUUAUUGUGGCAAGUUUUUGGUGUUCAAGCUGCGAGCUUGUGUAUCUUUGGCAUAGCCGAGCACGAAGAAAUGAUGUGGAAUGAAUUGAAUCGUGCAGGUAGAAACAGGGUUUGGUGUCUUUAUCCAAAUAAGAAUGCAGUGACGGAAUCUGUUAAGGAUAUUGUUGGCUGCUCAACAAGUCCGGAAAGCCAAGCAGAACCGGCAAAUAAAGAUGAUGUGUUGCACUUUAUUUUUAUCGAUGGUACUUGGAGCAAUUCAGCUGCAAUGGUCAAGCGUUUGCAGACUAGAGCUGAAUCAGAAUGGGGAAAGGAACUGCGUUGCAUAUCUCUGAACACAGGUGCAUCCUUGAUGCAUAAACUACGGUAAAAUCUCUUCCAUGUUCCUCCGUUAAGUUCAUGUACUAUCCAUUUUGCUAUUAUAAAGAUACGAAGGAUUUAAAAAAUUAAAAUACAUCAUUUUUUUGGCAUGAAGUACUGUUUCACCAUUCACGUGAAUUAGCCUUGCCUUAAUUCAUGACUAAAACACUUUAUGGACUAACAAGCAAACUAGGCCAGUUCAGGUUCGGACUAAAAAGCUUUGUGAUUGUGAAUUAUACGAAUAAUAGGGUCAGGUCACAAGUAAGAAGCCUUGUUGUUGUGGAUUGAAGGAAAAAUAUAUUCAAUUCACGAUUCUGAAGCAUUUUGGUCACAAAGUCUAGGAAAUAGGGGCUAUCCACAGUAAGUACGCCUAGGGGGUGCCCAGGGCGCACGGGGCACCACCUUAAGCGUCCCGAGGUGGGUGGGCCAAUUUAUAUUCCGGGCGACUUCUUUAUUUAAAAGUGAUACACUUUUCAAUUUUGGGAAUAGAGGCACUCUAUCCCCUAGAUUGUUUUUUGCUCUUUCUAGGUGACUUUAUAUCUCUUUAUUUUAGCAACAUUACUUUCCAUAUCUUAUAUUCCCUAGGUGACUUUAUAUCUCUUAUUUUGAUUUUAGUAUUAGUAAUUUAAAUUUGCAAUUUUAUGUUUUAAUUUAUAAGUCAUUUAUUUUAAGUUUUAGUAAGAUUAGCUAGGGAUAGAUCUAAACAGAUUUUGGCUGUUAACGAUCCCUGAUUCGUGGGGGUAAUGCCCCGUCGCCCCAAAUUUUACCUCAUUGCCCCAUGUCCCAACAACACUUUUGGUUGUAAAUCGUAGGCAAAAAUAUGGUUAAUUCACAACUGAGGAUCUUUGUGGUUGUAAAUUAUUGAUACAAAUUAAUAAUAAGCGUUCAAUUACAAAAAAUGGUAUUGCCUGUUAAUUUCUUUCUCGUGUUUUGUAGUUUGAGAUUAGAGUUUUAUUGUCUAUUCGAACUACAAAUUGUGAUUUAGACCCCAGCCAUCUUGGGAUCGUACAUGUACUGCUGCUGCAGCAAUUGGCCUCCUCAAUGAGCUCAACCAGCUUCCGGAGUUCAGUUCCAUGGGA